AUGGACAUCCCCCUGGAAAGUCAUAUUGAUAUCGACACGCGGCCCUGCCUCACAGUCGGUGUAGGCUCCUACAAGACGGCAUCGGGUGACCCUUUCAACGCACCAGUUAGUGGUCUGUUUGUGUCAGUGAUCGCUCCCAAGACAGGCAGUCAGACAGGCACGACAACGAGCAAUGCGGAUAGAAUAUUGCCUUCCUUCGCAGUAGCAUCGUUCCAGACAACGUAUUCAUCAGCCUCUACUCCUUCAGUCCCAUCUACGAUCGCGGAAAAAGCUAUACCAAAGGCUACUAUCGCAGCCGGCGAGAUUUUUGCGAUUGUGCUCAGCAGUCUCAUCGCCAUUGUACUGCCGAUUGUCCUCCUGGUACGAUGCCUCAAACGAUUAGGGCAAAGAAAAAGGGAAAGAGAAACAAAGAAAGACACCAUGAUCCUGAGAGACGUUAUGAGAAGUCGUGACAUAAGCGAAGAUGCGUGGGAGGUCGGGUUGGGUCGGCUGGAGGAGGCUUCCAACAGGAAGUUGACCCACAAGGACACCGCAAUGCAGUGGACGGAUCACCUCGGUCAGCCGGAGUCGGAUACAAGGACGAUGCGGGAGCAGUGUAAUAUGGAACGCGGGGUCUUCAAGAGCUUGUUCGAGGAAGAGAAUAGAGUUCGCGGAGUAGGAAGAGAUAAAAAGCUACCGGCUGUUCCAAAGGAUAAAGUGAUAGCUGCAUGA